AUGGUAAAUUUUGACUUUCUCAAAAAAAAAAAAAAAAAAAAAAACNNGACUACAUCGUCACGGACCAAGUCAAACGGACCGGUGCUUCGUUCACAAUCGCCGGGAGGUCGGUUUUGCGGUAGUUACUCUAGAGCCGUUCCGUCGUCUUCUUCGUCAGCAUUCGCCUCAUCGACGAGUUCCAGCUUCUCAUCACCGUCGUCAGCUUUUUUCAGCAAUCAUCAUCACGACAAAAACAACAACCAUCACAGAUCUGCGUCGCCGACUCGUGUGAAUCUCUACACAGCUCAGCCGAUGAUGUCUCAGUCGUUUCGUUAUUCUCUAGAUAGCAGAUCUAUAUCACCAACGAACCACCGAUCGAUCUCCGUUUCGAAGAAUCAGCCUCCGAAGAUGUCAGAGUCGAGGAGGAGGUGUAUGUGUUCUCCGACGACUCAUCCCGGAUCUUUCAGAUGUUCUUUACACAAGAACGUGGCGAACCCCCACGGUCAAGGCACGGCUUCGUAUACGACGAACGGAUUGAAUAUGCGUCGAUCUGCGAUGACUAAUUCGCUGGUGAGAAUCGGUGGCGUUGAAGGAGAGUGGGUGAGGAGAGCUUUGACUACUUUGAUUCGACCUUCUUCUCAUCAUUUGAAAAGACGAGCUGCGUAUCAGCCUCGUCCUAGUCGUCUCUCAGCCAUGGCGAAAGCUGAUUGAUCUGAUUUCAGAUUUUUUCAGGUUUGCUUGAUUUUGUUCUUCUUCUCUGGAAACCAAAAAAAAAGAAAAAAAACAAACACCGCAGGGAUGGAUUAGUAUAGAUCUGGCGAGGAAGUCUUGUUCUGAAGAUUGGAAUCUGGAGCGAGAGAGAUCUGGAUCUCUACCAUCUUUUUUGUAAACGGAAGAAAAAGGAAACACACACCACCAUAAUUUUUUAGUUUUUGUUGGGUGAAAGAUGCGAUAAUGGCAUUGUACAUACUCUUCUCGUUUUUGCUGUUUUUUUUGUUGGUCUCUCUUCUCUUCUAAAACAAACCCAAAAACAAAAAAAAAAGUGUUCGGAGUCUUUUCUCUAAAUUAACACCUAAAAAUGGAAAAUCAAAGAAUUGAAUCCGUUCGAUUGAAUUUUGCAUAAAGAACAAAGAGAGAUUUUCUCGUUUUCUCACAUAUAUCAAUUGUGGUGUCUGUCUGUGUUCAUCAGAUUUGCGUUUUUUGUGCGUGUUCCGUCAAGUCAACGUUCGUGUUUUCCGUUGACCGUCGACGUUUCUUCCGUUUAGGAGCGUUACGUUAAGUUUCGAGGCAUGCGUUGUUCGUCGUGUCAGAUUGCGUUUAUUGAUGGAGUUUGAAGAACUUGACCAACCGGGACAUGGAGAGAUAAACGGAAAAAUAAAUACAGAAAAUUACAAAGACGUGGAAAAGGUCUUUACGUUUUGAUUUUUGGACAUAAAAAAAAUAUAUAUAUAUAGAAGUUUUGAAUCGUAUAUAGGAAAUAAAUGUGUGAAA